GGAAGAAGCGGGCUGCGCAUAGACUGAGCAGUUGGACGCGGAGCCCUGUGAUUGUCAGUCGUCGGCUGCCGACUUUCUGUCAUUUUGAAGAGCUUUUGGUAUUGUUUGGAUUUCCUUCGCUGCCCUUAGGCGGUAGAAAAGGACUUGAGGGAAGGAGCAGGAGCUGUUAAAGGCUGCCCUCUGUGAGGAAUGAAAUGUAGUGACGCUACUAUUUGAAUGACAGUUUCUUUUGUCGCGUUUUUAUAUUUGCUUAAUGGAAACGUAAUAAUUUGAAGUGGCUGCACAUAGUAAGCCACUGUGGGCCGGUAAAAUCGAUUAUCAAAUAACGUGACUUGGAAGCUGUCCUCAUAAUACCGAAGGGUUCUUCAUUUGUAGCCUAAAUACUGACAGGUGUGUGUCAGUCAGACUGUGCCAAAGUAUUUUAUUCAUUCAGUUUUUCAUCAUUUAAUCCACAUCAGUCUUGGGUAUGGUAACCAGACCUUUUGGAAUGGAUAAAACACAAAUUGUUUGAUCCAGUGAUUUGCGCCUCUAACACUCAGAGGGAAACACGCGUUACAUUAACAACCUUACAAUGCGUGUGAAACGCGGAAUGGGAAAGCAACAAUCACUUUAGUGUCUUCUUGCUCCCGAGUUGUAGCCGAUUUGGCAACAGCCAAAAUGACAAGCAACGGACCUGUCAUUGUCUACGAGUGGCUGAAGACCCUCCAGCUUUCCCAGUAUGUCGAGUCCUUUGUGGAUAAUGGAUAUGACGACCUCGAGGUUUGCAAACAAAUAGGAGACCCCGACCUGGAUGCCAUCGGCGUCUAUAUCCCUCAUCACAGGCAGAGGAUUCACGACGCGGUGCGAAGGCUGAAGGAAGAAGCCAAAGAGACGGCCAGUGGACUGUACUUCACCCUUGAACCCAUGCCGCCCGCAGCCGACAUUUACAGCGGGCACAUGGUGGAGUGUGAGUCUAAACUGCGGGGAUCCAAGUCUUGGACCGAGCCCAUCAGUGACCGGGUUGGGCGAAACGGUGGGUACGUGGGGGCGCAGAGGAACCUGACCCUGGGCAACAGGAGGGAGCUGGUAAUUUACCCCAAGCUCAAGCUGAAGAUCAUGAUCAGGGAUAAACUCAUCAGAGAUGGCAUCAACCUCGCCAAGCCGCCUUACUCUAAUAAGGAUGGUUCUCUGGGCAACAUAGAUGACCUUGCACAGGAAUACUCUGAGUACUACAACACCUGCUUCAGUGACGUCAGCGACCGCAUGGAGGAGCUACGUAAACGGCGAGUGUCCCAGGAAGUCGACAUGGAGAAACAGGACCCAAGCAGCACUUCUCUGCAGCUCCGUAAUGAGAUCCAGGAAUCUUUAGGCUUCAGCAGUGAGGUGUCCACCCCUGAAACGGACAGAAAAAUGUCCCUACACAAAUCCAGCUCUGAAGAUGGAUCUGGAGGUAAAUGGGACAGUAAGAAGAAGAACAAAUCUUUUUGGCAGAACUUCCGCAAAUCUCAGCACAAACCUGUUGCACGACAGACAUCCAAAGGGGAAGAUAUUGGCUAUGUGGCCAGUGAGAUCACCAUGAGCGACGAAGAGCGGAUCCAGCUGAUGAUGAUGGUGAAAGAGAAGAUGAUCACUGUAGAAGAAGCUCUGGCUCGGCUGAAGGAGUAUGAGCGCAGCAGACAGUCCAGCAGUACUGACACUGCAGAGUGGACUGACGGAUCUGCACCCAAUCUAAACCAGUCCUCAAACUGCAACUCUCGUGAACAGUCAGAUGAUGAGCAAUCGGAGGACUCUGUGAAAUUCAAAAGGCUUCACAAAUUGGUUAACUCGACACGGCGGGUCAGGAAAAAACUCAUCAAGGUGGAGGAAGGCAAGAAACAUGCCUCUGAAGAUUUUCUGAAUCUGGAGGCACCUCCCACCUGUGAGGACAACACAGCUCUGUACACUGGGGUUCUAAAGAAGCCCCCUUUACACCAGGAGGCUUCUCUCCCCUCCCUCACCCAUGAUCAGCUGUCGCUGGAUGGAGACACAGAUGGUUUGACAACCUCCCCUUCCUCCAGCAGUUUGGACACCUGGUCUGGACACAAGCUGGUGAAAACAUUCAAUAAGUCUUCUAGUACCCACGGGCUUAUCCGGCCCCCCAGGAGGACCCCAGCUGGCUCCAGUGCCCUGGGAGGCUCUAUUCCUGGUGUGGCAGGCAGCGGCUCCUCCUUCUCGGAGCUCGAUGGCUGUGGAUUGGAUGAUGAUGGAAAGCUGUCGCGCUCCACCACUGAUGGCGAGAUGAGGAAGGCCCUGAACUCCAUCUCCCACGGGAGAACGUGCAGCUUUGGAGGCUUCGACCUGUCCAACCGUUCCCUCCAUGUGGUCAGCGCAGGCAACGAGGCCAAUAGUAAAGAACAAGAGGCAAUUUACAGGGAAGUGGUCAAAUCCCCCACCACGUCUCGGAUUUCACUGGGCAAGAAAGUCAAAUCAGUGAAAGAGACGAUGAGGAAACGCAUGUCGAAGAAGUACAGCAGCUCUCCUUCUGAGCAGUCCAGUCCGGAUGCAGCCCCUGGUUCUCCACAAUCCCCUCUGCCUGACACUGACUCUCUGGAGAAACCGAAGCUUAAGGCCGGAGGCUCUGUGGAAAGCCUGCGCAGUUCACUCAGCGGACAGAGUUCAAUGAGUGGUCAGACGGUGAGCACCACCGACUCAUCAGCCAGCAACAGAGAAAGUGUGAAGUCAGAGGAUGGUGAUGAUGAAGAGCCUCCUUAUAGAGGACCUUUCUGUGGCCGUGCCAGAGUCCACACAGACUUCACUCCUAGUCCCUACGACACAGACUCACUCAAACUGAAGCGUGGGGAUGUGAUUGACAUCAUCAUCAAGCCUCCUAUGGGAACAUGGAUGGGCCUGCUGAACAACAAAGUUGGCACCUUCAAGUUCAUCUAUGUGGAUGUGCUGAGUGAAGAAGAAGAGAAGCCCAAAAGGCCCGUCCGGAGGAGGAGGAAGGGCCGGCCACCCAAACCCAGAUCAGUGGAAGAGCUGCUGGAUCGCAUCGAACUAAAGGAUUACAUGCCCACUUUCUUGUUCAACGGUUACGAGGACCUGGACACGUUCAAGUUGCUGGAAGAAGAGGACUUGGAUGAACUGAACAUCAGCGAUCCUCAGCACAGAGCCGUGCUGCUCACAGCAGUAGAGCUGCUACAGGAGUAUGAUAGUAGCAGUGAUCCAGAGCGCAGUGGAAUGUCAGGCUCCCAGGAAAAGCUGCUGUUGGAGGGUCGGAGCAUAGUAGGAGACUCCCCACGGGACUCUGGGUGCUACGAGAGCAAUGAGAACCUGGAGAAUGGUAAAAGCAGGAAAGCAUCCCGUUCCAGUCAUUUUUCGGCAGGACACCAGUCUCCAGAUUACCCAACACUUCCCAUGACUCUUUCUACAGAAGCUCUUCAACAGAACGGCAAAAAUCAGCGCACAAAGUUUCCGAAAAGCUUCUUCAGCAAGCCCUCCCUUAAGGGCUUCAACUUGCUGGGUCUGCGAAAAGGCCAAAGACGGUCCCCGAUCCCAGCCAGCCGCAGCUGUGAGGACCUUGAUGGUCCCCCACAGCCCACUGGACCCUGGAAACGCUCCCACUCUCUGGGAGAUCUGCAGAACUUUGAGCAGAAAAAUGAUCUGAGUGUGGAGCUUAAACCUCCUAAGGAAGUACCCAAAUCAGGCAACAAUAGCCCCAUCAAGGCCUGUAGAGACAGCAGUUCUCCAACAGUUAGUCCUAAAGGAAGGGCUGACAGGCCGCCAGUGCCGUCCCAGCUUCCUCUCCGCUCUCCUUGUCCAACAGCCAUGUCCUCCAACCACCCAGAGCCCCUCUCCAGCCCCACUCCGAGUCCUCCUGAUUCUAGUGCUAGUGGGGAGAGGGUCAUCCGGACUCACCCCAAAAAGCCUCCCAUCCCUCCCCCUGUACCAGCAAAGAAAUCUAGAGAGAGACUAGCCAAUGGCCUUCGUCACCCCCCUCAUUCCCUUCCCUCCUCACCAUCCCCUAACCCCUCGCCUACCCACUCCCUCAAUCGCUCUCAACCCAGUAGUCCUGUAGUCCGCAGCCCAGGCCUCAGUGCCCCUGCUCUUCCUCCCAAGACCCCAAGUACUCCAGCCAGUCCAUGUGCCACCUCAUCAGCUUCAUCCAUGGGCGAGGAAUCCGGCACUCCGCCAGCAGCGCAGCCUCCUUGGCUCUCAGAUCUUGGAGGCAAGAUGGCUGUUACAAGGAAGCUUUCCCAUACCAAGAUGGGUCCUGAUCUGUUUACCCUCCUGGAACAACGGCUGCAGAGUGAGGGCAUCGAUCUCACCGAGGAGCCCUACUCUGACAAGCAUGGCCGAUGUGGCAUCCCCCACCCGCUGGUACAGCGUUACUCGGAGGAUCUGGAGCAGCCAGUCAAAGACGUGGCAUCUACCAUGGAUCAGCUCAGAGUCAAAGAGCUCCGCAAGCAACACCGCAUGGCUAUCCCCUCCGGAGGUUUGACAGAGAUGUGUCGGAAGCCUCUCACCUUUGGAAACAUCAGCACAGUCUCUGAUUGGCUCAUCUCCAUUGGCCUACCCAUGUACUCCACAGCUCUGGCGGCAGCAGGAAUUGACACGCUGAGCCGCGUGGCCUUGUUAACAGAGAGCAGUGUAUGGGAAGCUGGGGUGCGGGACGAAAGGCACGCCCGCCGCCUGAUCAGUGAGGCACGACUGGUCCGCGCACAUAGAGAGGUGCAGUCAUAAUCAUGUUGAUGGAGUCGAGUGGUAUCAACUCACUGAUCCAUACCAUCUCAUGGUCAGUAGGUGGCCUCGGGUAAAUUGGCCCCGCAGCAUUACAGUAUUUCUUCUCGCACAUGUUAAAAGACACUCCCUGUUCUCUGAUUUUUCUCUUUUAUCACGCUGUCUUUUCCCAAAUGUUUAUGACAUUGAGGAGUUUCUCCAAACAGCCAAGACAAGAUAUCAGAUGCCUUUAAAAAAAAAAGAAAAAAAAAAAAAAGACUGUAGACUCACUGUGUGGGAAGGCUUCUAUUUUGAAGACACCCCCAAAGUCUUAAAAUAAAGACUUGGAUCUGCCUUUUAAGGAAGAUAGCACACACUUUUUUUUUAGGAUGGAUGUUUUUGGGUUUUUUUUUUUAAGAAAAUCAAGAAAGACUGUUUUUUUUCCUGCAUAUUUCAUAAGUGCUUCAUUUUCAUCUGUCGCGGCAGAGGCAACAUAAUCUGAGGGUCAUUUAAGGAAGUAGCUCAGCCAAAGUGACAUCAUUCGAUGUUUUCUUCCCACUCAUAGUUUCACGAUGACAGAAAGCAUUUAGUAUCUGGACUUUUUAAUCAACUAAAUACACACACCAAACAAUGGAUUCGAGGUGGCUUAUUUUUGUGUCAUGUUUAUGUAUUAUAGCAUAGUGCACAUCUUAAUUUCAAAAUGACUUAUGUUAAAAAUUGUGUUUGCAUUUUGAUUGCUGCAGGCUUAUUUGGAGCCCACUCUGUCAUUUCUAAGCCCAAACGGCUGACUUCACAAUUCUGUAUUUUAUAUUUUACCCUCUCACUGCGUAUCCUGGAUGAGCACCUUGCUCUUAUAUUAAGUCUUAAAGAAAGCUCUGUUUUGCUGUAAAAUUUACAAUCACCAUUCACUGAAAUAAUACAUUCCUUGGUGUGUCAAAGAACCUUUUAAGUUGCCUUAGCAUUAUGAUUGAGGAGCUACAAAAAUGACUGACUGAGACUGAACUGUGGCAGCAGUGUAAGAUCUUUUAUUCUGAGUGUGCCUGACAGAUUAUUGGCACAGAGACACACCCCCACCCCCACCCCCAAAAAUACAUUCUGAACCAGAUAAUUUCAGUGGUAUACAAGGAUGUGGAGCCCAAAACAUGUUCCUAAGUGAUUGAAGUCUUCAUUCCAGCGAAGCCAUUCUAAUACCACAAACCCACAGGCAUUCCCAUUAUAUGCUGAACAUCUCUGGACCAUAUUAAGGCACGCUGACUGUACGUGUUGCAGAGGGGUCGUGGAGCAGGGAGGCAGGAAGCUCACACCUGGGCUGGUAUUGAUUGGCCCGUUGACACUGAUUGCAGUGCUGAGGAAUUUAAAUUAUAGCAGAAUAAUAAGCUCUUUCAGAUGUAUUUUCCUUUUUUUUUUUCUUUUUCUAAUCAAUGCCAGUCUGAAUUGUCGAACGGUAGGUGCUAGCUGUCACAUCGGGUGAAAAGCUGACCUCCACAUUCAGAAAACUAAGUUUUAAAAUUCAGGGAAACACUGAGUGACGGAACUAAAAAGAAAUGAAACUGAGCAAACAAAUAUUCCUCAUCCC